CUCAGCGGCCCUUCCGCUGGCUGGGGGCGGGGCCGGGGGGGGUUUACGUGCUUUGGGGGCCGGAGCGCCGCGACCCUCGCCGGGGAGGUCGUUUCCUUGAUGCUGUUUUAGUUAACAAUGGCAAAGCCACCAAGUAAAGAUCCUGGGCUAAAGGAGAAGUUUAAGAGCCUGCUAGGACUGUCAUCCAGGCCCAAUUCUAAGUCAUCUGAAGGAAAGCAGACAGAAUUCAUCAUCACUGCAGAAAUACUCAAGGAACUGAGCAUAGAAUGUGGCUUAAACAACCGGAUAAAAACAAUCGGACAAAUCUGUGAGGUGGCAAAAACUAAAAAGUUUGAAGAGCAUGCAGUGGAAGCUAUUUGGAAAGCGGUAGCUGAUAUGCUGCAGCCAGAUCGGCCACCUGAGGCCCGGCACGCUGUCCUCCAUCUGUUGCAGGCAAUAAUUCUGGGACAGGGUGAAAGGCUGGGGAUUCUCCGAGCUCAUUUUUUUAGAGUGAUUAAAGAUUAUCCAUCUAAUGAAGACCUGCAUGAGCGGCUGGAGGUAUUCAAGGCACUGACUGAUAAUGGAAAACACAUAACCUAUUUGGAAGAGGAACUAGCUGAAUUUGUUCUUCAGUGGAUGAAAGUUGGUUUGACUUCAGAGUUUCUGUUGGUGUUGAUCAACUUAGUAAAAUUCAACAGCUGUUACUUGGAGGACUACAUUGCUGGCAUGGUCUACAUGAUUUGUGCCUUAUGCAUUCAGACCUCUUCUGCAGUUGACAUUAAGGUUUCCCUGCAGGUGUUGGAUGCCGUGGUGUGUUACAAUUGCCUGCCUUCUGAAAUCCUCCCGAUGUUCAUCAUCACCUUGUGCUGGACUAUCAAUGUGAAGGAGCUCUGUGAACCCUGCUGGAAGCUCAUGCGGAAUCUGUUGGGAACUCACCUGGGUCAUAGUGCCAUUUAUAACAUGUGUCGGAUCAUGGAGGAUAGGGCCUACGUGGCAGAUGCUGUCCUCCUGAGGGGAGCUGUCUUCUUUGUGGGGAUGGCCCUGUGGGGGGCACACAGACUGCAGUCUCUCAAGAAUUCACCAACAUCUGUGCUGCCCUCUUUCCUGAAGGCCAUGUCCGCCCCCAAUGCCAUCGUGUCUUACGAAAUCGUCCUCUCCGUAACAAGGCUGAUCAAGAAAUACGGCAAGGACCUUCAGGCAGUCACCUGGGACGUCCUUUUGGAUAUCAUGCAGCGGCUGGUCGAGCAGCUGCAGAGUUUGGAAAGCCAGGAGCUGAAAUCCAUUGUCCACGAUUUGCUGACUACGGUUGAGGAGCUGUGUGACCAGAACGACUUCCACGGCUCCAAAGAGAGAUACUUCGAACUUGUGGAGCGAUGUGCUGACCGAAGGCCUGAAUCUUCAGUUCUGAACCUCAUAACCUACCGGGCUCAGUCCAUCCACCCUGCGAAGGACGGCUGGAUUCAGAACCUCCAGGCACUAAUGGACAGGUUCUUCAGAAAUGAGAGCCGGAGUGCUGUCCGCAUAAAGGUUUUGCAUGUCCUGUCUUUCGUGCUGAGUGUCAACAGGCAGCUUUAUGAGGAGACGGACUGGAAGGUGCUGAAACAGGUCCUGAACAAGCUGCCCAAAUCCCUGCAGUACAAAGUCCUGUACUUAACCUCUCCUUGUAGCAUCGAUCAGUUAUCUUCUGCCCUGUGCUCCAUGCUCACCGAUAAGAAGAUGACGGAGCGGCUGAGGGAUGCCUCGGAAGGCCUGUCCCGGAACGACUUGCACCAGGCAGUGGUUCCGGUCUUGACUGCUUUGAUCUCCUAUCACAGUUACCUGGACAAGUCGAAGCAGCGAGAGAUGGUUUACUGCCUGGAACAUGGGCUGAUCUUCCGCUGUGCCAGCCAGUGCGUGGUGACAUUGUCGAUCUGCAGCGUUGAGAUGCCGGAUAUUAUCAUCAAGGCUUUGCCAAUCCUGAUAGUUAAGUUGACGCAUAUCUCAGCCACAGCCAACAUGGCCAUCCCUCUCUUGGAAUUCCUUUCAACACUGGCCCGCCUGCCUCAUCUCUACAGGAAUUUUGCAGCAGAGCAGUACGCCAGUGUAUUUGCUAUCUCUCUGCCCUACACAAACCCCUCCAAGUUUAACCAGUAUAUUGUAUGCCUGGCGCAUCAUGUCAUAGCCAUGUGGUUUAUCAAAUGUCGCCUCCCCUUUCGGAAGGACUUCGUUCCCUUUAUCACUAAGGGCUUGCGGUCGAACAUCCUCCUCUCCUUCGAUGACACCCCAGAAAAAGACAGUUUCCGGGCUCGGAGUACCAGUCUGAACGAGAGGCCCAAGAAUAGCUUUAAAGUAGCCAAAAAUGCCAGGCCAAACUUGAACCAGUCUCCUCCCGUGAGAGCCCUGAAGGAUCCCUCGGCCGUUGAUGCCUUCCGCUCCCGCAGCAUCAGUGUGUCUGACCAUGCAGCCCACAGCCGGAUUCAAACCUCCAUUACCAGCUCCAGCCUGGGCUCUGCCGAUGAGAACUCCAUGGCUCAGGCCGAUGACAACCUGAAGACUCUCCACUUGGAGCUCACCGAGACCUGCCUCGACAUGAUGGCCCGAUAUGUCUUUUCCAACUUCACAGCUGUGCCCAAAAGGUCUCCGGUGGGAGAGUUCCUCUUGGCUGGAGGGAGGACCAAGACAUGGCUAGUGGGUAACAAGCUUGUUACAAUCACUACAAGUGUUGGGACAGGAACCAGGUCCCUCCUGGGCCUUGACCACGGAGAGCGCCAUAAUGGUGCAGAAUCCAGUUCAGAUCACAGCUUGCAAGUGAGGCAGUCAAAGGAGGCGCCGGCAAAACUCGAAUCUCAGGCUGGCCCACAGGUGGUUCGAACCCGCAGCCGAGUCAGGUCCAUGUCAGGAGGCCAUGCUUUGCGGGUUGGUGCUCUGGACAGCUCUGCCUCCCACUUCUCAACCAGCACGGGACCCCAGGUGCCCCCAAGCUCUCCUGCGCCUGCGCCCCAAACUGAGAAGGCUAACCUGGCUGCUUACGUCCCCCUCCUGACUCAAGGCUGGGCAGAAAUAUCAGUGCGGAGGCCAACAGGUAACACCAGCUGGCUGAUGAGCCUGGAAAACCCGCUGAGCCCCUUCUCUUCCGACAUCAACAACAUGCCCCUGCAGGAGCUCUCCAACGCCCUGAUGGCAGCCGAGCGCUUCAAGGAGCACCGCGAAACUGCCCUGUACAAGUCCCUCUCGGUCCCCUCCUCCAGCCUGUCCACGGGAACAGCCAAGCCGUCUCUCCUGCAGCGCUCCAACACAGAGUCUGCAGUCGUACCAGAAGAAGGCAGCCCCCCAGAUGAAGACGGGAAAGGAGUGGAAUUCCAGCCUGGACCUCAGGAGAUUGAAGACUUCGAGCCCAUGUGUUUGGGGCAGGGCCUGGGGGAGGAGACGUUAGGCCGAGGAGCCUAUUGUCGGUCGUUGUCAGUCUCCAGCCACGAGGAGAAGGCCCCCCAAGCGGAAGAGCUGGCCGCCAUCGGCAUUCCCAUCGAAAGGGCCAGGAACCUGGAAGAGAGCCGGGCCUUCGAAGCCCUCUCUUUCCAGCCUUCCCAGACCCUCAGCAAGUCCAGCUCCUCCCCAGAGCUCCAGACCCUUCAGGAAGCCCUCAAGGAUCCGGGUGGCGAGGAGCUGGCCCAGAAACUCAGCAGCGAAGGCAAAUCCAAGUCUCAGUCUGGGCACCUGGAAGCAGAGGCCGCCGGGGAAGAGGACCAGGGCCCUGGAGGGGUGAGGCUGGCAGCGGCGGCCCCUGCCUCCUCUCCCCACUCCCCAACCGGGCACCGGCCGCGGGGAUACACCAUCUCUGACUCGGCCCCCUCCAGGAGGGGCAAGCGGAUGGAGAGAGACCUCUUCAAGGGAAGACCAGCAGCGGCCUCCAAUGCAGGGAAAGUUCCAGGCAUCAACCCAAGCUUUGUGUUCCUGCAGUUGUAUCAUUCUCCUUUCUUUGGUGACGAAUCGAACAAGCCUCUUUUACUGCCAAAUGAGACCUUUGAGAACUCCAUUCAGCUUCUAGAUCAGAUCCCUCCAUAUGACACGCACAAGAUUGCCGUCUUGUAUGUUGGAGAAGGACAGAGCAGCAACGAGCCUGCCAUCCUGUCCAAUGAGCACGGCUCCUACAGGUACACAGAGUUCCUGACUGGCCUGGGCAAACUCAUCGAGCUGAAGGACUGCCAGCCAGACAAGGUGUACCUGGGCGGCCUGGACGUGUGUGGAGAGGACGGGCAGUUCACCUACUGCUGGCAUGACGACAUCAUGCAAGCCAUUUUCCAUAUUGCCACUUUGAUGCCCACCAAAGAUUUGGAUAAAAAUUGCUGUGACAAGAAACGACAUUUGGGGAAUGACUUUGUGUCCAUAAUUUACAAUGAUUCCGGGGAAGACUUCAAACUGGGGACCAUCAAGGGCCAGUUCAACUUUGUUCAUGUCAUCAUCAAACCACUGGAUUAUGACUGCAACCUGCUUACUCUACAGUGCCGUAAGGAUAUGGAGGGGCUGAUUGACACGAGUGUGGUGAAGAUUGUCUCAGACAAAAACCUUUCCUUUGUUGCCCGGCAGAUGGCGCUGCAUGCCAACAUGGCGUCCCUGGUGCAUCACAGCCGCUCCAACCCCACUGACACCUAUCCCUCCAAGUGGAUCGCUCGGCUGCGCCACAUCAAGCGGCUCCGGCACAGGAUCCGAGAAGAAACCCAGUUCCAAGAGGCCGGCUUCCCCAGCGUGCACCCUCCCCCGGUCCCUGCGAAAGCCUCCGCCCGUGUCCCCCAGGACCCGGCCCCCACCUACGAGACUGGGCAGAGGAAGCGCUUGAUCUCCUCCGUGGACGACUUCACAGAGUUCGUGUAGGGCCGAGGCUGCCCUGCCUCAACCCCUCGGGGCACAGCAGGGCCCGUUUCCUGCCCCAGCCUCCAACUGCAGCCACUUCGGCCUCUUCUCAGACAAACGAGCCCAAGUUGCAGCUUUGUGCCCCCUUGAAGGCUGCUGGCCUGACGCACGACUCUGGCGGCUUCUCCCACCCACCAGUUCUGUAAUUUAAGCUUUUUAAAGUGAAGGAAGCUCAGGCUUAUGAUGGUUGGCUUGAAAUGGCAGAAGGAAACUCAGCCACCUGACAUUCGUGUCCCCGAGGCCCCUGGUGUCCCGGUGGAGGUCCAUGAAAUGCGCCUGCGGUGCACUUCCACCCGUGGGGGUGAUUUGCGACUCCUGUGGAGGGUUUGGUCUUGCAGGAGCUGGGGAUCCCUUGGUCUCCAGAGGAAAGCCAAUAGGGCAGGUGCAGGUGGGCUUGAAGCCAAGCUCCAGGAGGCCUUGGGGGCUGAUCCCCAAAGGCGUUGAGAGCAAAACCUGCAUCAUCAGCAGCUCCCUUUCCAAUAGGCUAGCAGGCCAGCGGGAAAUGGGUUGUCUCCGGAGUUCAGUGGUUGGAGGUUCUGCUUGUGUGGGCAGAGGCCCUUCCCUGCCUCAGACGGCCUUUGUCUCCCUAUAAACAUUGGAAGAGGUCUGAUGCUUUUCCCCAAAGGGGGAGAUUUGGGGCCAGCAAUAAAACCUCCUCCAGCUCUAUUGCUUUUCUUGUCUCUCACCUUUCCUUCAAUGCAGGGCCCAGUUGGGGGAGGGGAAGUUAAGCAAUUGGUGGCACCUGGGCUGCCGUUGCUUCCCCAGGCCCCCUUUCAGGGGGAGAGAGGGGUCCUAGCUGCCGGCAUCGGCUUCCCUUUGUGCCCAUUAAAACUCUCGUCCCGUCGGUAGCGAGGCCCUGCCUGGUUCUCCUUGUUUUCUUGUCCAAAUGAUUAAAAUCCUGGGGUUGGAAAGGGGAAUCCCCAGAUUAUCUCAGACAAACGGCUCUUUUGCCCAAAUCAGUUGUGAAGUUGUAAAGAGGGCCGUCAUGUGACUGACCUCAUUCUACGACCCAUUGUCCACUAUGGGGCACUUUUGGCCCAAACCAGAAGAGCAAACACCUAUUUUCAUCAAAAUAUACAUCGCAGCCACGUGAUUGGGGGACGCUGCGGAUGGCCAUAAAUGCAGGCUGGUUACUCAGCGCCCAAAAUGCAGCCCUGUGAAGG